AUCACAUCGUCCAUCCCGGAGCCUCUCUGCCUUUUAAUUCCAUCCACUGGUGUCUCAACAGCUUUUCCAGAGCAUCUCCAGAAAGCUGUCAGCUGCUGUGUUCAUCCUGCCCGGAGCGAUGGGAGAGGCCGAGACGCGACAGAAACUGCUGCGCAGUGUGAAAAAGGAGGUGAAGCAAAUUAUGGAGGAGGCAGUAACAAGGAAAUUUGUGCACGCAGACAGCAGCCACAUUAUAUCCUUCUGUGCUGUCGUGGAGGCCUGUGUGCUUCAUGGCCUGAAACGGCGUAUUGCAGGCCUGCUGUGCAGUAAUAAGGUUGCUGCACUCUUUAUGAAGGUGUCAAAAAGCUUCACACCUGCCGAGGAGCUCUGCCACAAGGUCCAGGAGCUGGAGCAGCUUAUCGAAAACAGCAAGCAGAACAACUCUUCGCUGAGUAAUGACCGCAGUCGGCAAUCCAAGUUGGCCAACGUUCCUCCACAAGCACUGAAACACCUGUGGAUCCGAACUGCUCUGAUGGAGAAGGUCCUGGACAAGAUUGUCCUGUACUUGGUGGAAAACAGCAGUGCAUUCUAUGAGAAAGAAGCCAUGCUGAUGGAUCCUGUGGAUGGACCUAUUCUUGCGUCUCUAUUGGUUGGCCCUUGUGCUUUGGAGUACACCAAAGUUAAGACUGCAGACCAUUUCUGGACGGAUCCAUCUGCUGAUGAGCUCGUGCAGCGGCAUCGGAUCCACAGUGGCCACUGUCGGCAGGAUUCCCCCUCUAGAAGACCUGCUCUGAUCCAGAAGAGACAGUCCAGUGGCAGCAUGGAUGAUCGUCCUCUCAUGUGGGUGAGAGACUAUGUAGAAUCACUUCACCAGAACUCCAGAGCCACACUGCUGUUUGGAAAGAACAAUGUCCUGGUGCAGCCGAGAGAUGACAUGGAGGCCAUUCCAGGCUACCUUUCUCUACAUCAGACUGCAGAUCUCAUGACUCUGAAAUGGACGCCCAAUCAGCUGAUGAACGGCAACGUCGGGGAACUGGAUUCUGAAAAAAGCGUUUAUUGGGAUUACGCCAUGACAAUUCGCUUGGAGGAGAUUGUGUAUCUUCACUGUCAUCAGCAAGUGAACAGCGGUGGGACAGUAGUUUUGGUGAGCCAGGAUGGGAUCCAGAGACCUCCUCUACAUUUCCCCAAAGGAGGUCACCUGCUGCAGUUUCUCACCUGCCUGGAAACCGGCCUGCUACCUCACGGACAGCUGGACCCUCCACUGUGGAAUCAGAGAGGAAAGGGAAAGGUGUUCCCCAAACUGCGAAAGCGGUCUCCACAUGGCUCGUGUGAUUCUGUAUCAGAUAAGGAGGAUGAUGAAGCGACCGAUUAUGUGUUUCGGAUCCUCUUUCCUGGCAAUCAGAUGGAGUUCAUGGCCCUGGAGCUGAUGGAUCAGGGUGUCAAUAUGUGGCAGCCGACCCCCAGAAAGUCCUCCUGCUCCUCGUGCUCACAGAACGGCUCCUCUGACGGCUCGCUGCCUAAUGGCUGCAACCAGGAAAGGGCUCCUUUAAAGCUGCUUUGUGACACCAUGAAGUACCAGAUCAUCUCCCGUGCUUUCUAUGGUUGGCUGGCGUACUGCCGUCAUCUGUCCACAGUCCGCACCCACCUUUCAGCGCUUGUCAACACCACUAUAGUCGACCCUGAUGUGCCUGGUGAUGCUCGAGGAGGCCUCUCUGUCGAGGUCUGGGCCGGUUUCCUCAAGGACAGCUCUGCCUAUGAGGAGAAGGAGAUCCACAGGCUGGUGUAUUUUGGUGGUGUAACCCCAUCACUACGUAAAGAAGUCUGGCCCUUCCUGUUGGGACACUAUCAGUUCACCAUGACUGAGAAAUGCCGGCUGGAGAUCGACGAGCACAUGCGGCUUGUGUACGAGCAGACUAUGAAGGAGUGGCAGGGCUGCGAGGCCAUUGUCCGACAGAGGGAGAGAGAGAAACAUGCUGAGGCCCUCGCCAGAUGUUCAUCCGGAGCCAGUGUGGAAAGAGGACCGGUGCAGCGGGACUCCACCAUCAGCACAGAUUCCUCUCUAAGUAGCAGCUCAGAUCAACAGACUGCAACCUCACAGACUGACUCCAGCUGCAGUGAAAAGGUGUUUGAAUCGGUUGAAGCAUCAGAUCAGGCUGAGACAGAGUCCAGAGCUGAGGAAGGAGAGACACAGCGCAGCAGUCCAGUGAAGACCAUCCCAAAUGAGACCACAGAGAGUCAGCAGCUUCCCGCCUGCAAACCCUCCUCCCCAGAUCCGUCAAAUCAACGUCCAGACAACAGCCUGCCUGCGACCGAAUCAGCUGUUGGAUCUACAGCUACUCCACAAACAGCAGAAACAUCAGAAGUCUGUAGAGAGGAAACACCAGCUGGAUCACAGCCAGUAGAGAAUCAGCUCACAGCAGGUGAAUCAGGACGAGAGGAUGUAAAGAACCCGGCUGCCGAGGACAAGACUGAACUGCCAAAGAUGGAGACAGUUUCAGAAAGUGAGGUAACUGAAGAGCCUGGAAUCAGUAAGUCAAACGAGAAAUCUGAAGCCGAAGUAGAAGAAAAUGAUGCGUUAACACCUGAUGUUUUAAAAGAAGUAGACACAAAUAUGAAUUUGAAAUCUGCUCCUGACAACACUAAUGUUCUAAAGCUGGAAACGGAGAUUCAUAAUGAAUAUUUCCAAGCACCUCCACUGGGCCAGACUCUUCAGGCACACAAGAGCAAAGAUCAGGAAGAGGACCCAUCUUGUCCACCUGCAGCAGAAAAAGAUAGUCAUUCACCAGGUGAGAUUUCUGAACCUCCUGAAACGACGGUUGAAAAAAUCUCACCACAGACGAUGAAGAUCUGCCCUGCGGAGCCAGGAGCAAAGGAUGUCGAAGCAACAGUUUGUGACUUUGCUGAAACAAGGAAAAUUGCAGAGCUUCCAUUUGAGAAACCUGGUUCUAAUUCUCCAGUCAGACAAGUACUGAACGCUCUUCAGUCUGCAUCAAGAGGUAGCCUUUCGUUAUCGUCCCACUCUCGGCAGUCUCCGGACACAGCGGAUUCAGAUGACUCUCCUUCGGCCUUGGAAAUGGAGGACAUUCCUGCAGGGAUAACAUGUGUGACCUCGGAGGAUAUUAAGGCCAGGCCUCUGGUAGGCCUUGCUGCACCUCCUGUCUGCUUGGCUCAAAGAGAAAAGAUGGCUUCUGAGGAGCUCGUCCUAGAUCACCAUCUGGACACGGCUUGUAACACCAGUCCUGAGGGCACCGAUCUGGGCCUUUCUGAGGAGGAGCCUGAGAUGGAGAACGUGCUCACUGAGCCGGAGUCUGCAGAAGCCGGCGGAGACGCCAAGUAUGACGAAUCCUCAGGGGAGCAAACCUAUUCUCAAGAAACCCUGGACAUGUACUUGAUCAACUUGCAUCGCAUUGACAAAGAUGUGAGACGUUGCGAUCGGACAUAUUGGUACUUUACUCCUGAGAAUCUGGAGAAGCUACGGAACAUUAUGUGCAGCUACGUGUGGCAGCAUCUGGACACGGGUUACGUCCAGGGCAUGUGUGAUCUGCUGGCUCCCCUGCUGGUUAUUCUGGAUGAUGAGGUGAUGGCAUUUAGCUGCUUCACUGAACUGAUGAAGAGGAUGAACCAGAAUUUUCCUCACGGGGGUGCCAUGGACUCUCACUUUGCAAAUAUGCGUUCUCUUAUCCAGAUCCUGGACUCUGAGCUAUUUGAACUGAUGCAACAGAAUGGAGACUACACACACUUCUACUUCUGCUAUCGCUGGUUUCUUCUCGACUUCAAAAGAGAAAUGGUGUACGAUGAUGUGUUCUCUGUGUGGGAAACCAUCUGGGCAGCGAAGCACACCUCCUCUGAGCACUUUGUGCUCUUUACUGCCCUGGCACUCGUGGAGAUGUAUAGAGACAUCAUCUUGGAGAAUAACAUGGACUUCACUGACAUCAUUAAAUUCUUCAAUGAAAUGGCAGAGCGGCAUAAUGUCCCGCAGGUCUUGAUGAUGGCCCGAGACUUGGUCCACAAAGUGCAGACGCUCAUAGAAAACAAGUGAUGCAGAAUGAUGCCGCGGCUGAACUCCCAUGAUUCUUUGUACUAAAUUUCUUUCAAGGUACCGAUGCGAUUGCAUAACAGUCACAUAUUCAAGAGGGAAAGGAGUUGCUGUUGCAGCCAUUGGCACGUGCUGAACAGAAAACCGGUCAUUAAAGCUGCUCAUUAUCCAAGACAGUUGUGUAACAACUUUUCUCCAGUUGCUCCUCUCUAUAUUCAGGAGAUACCAGUAAAUUUCUGUAUUUGUAUAUUGUUCACCUAGUGAAUGUACCCUCGUUGAAACUGCUUGAGGAUGUUAUUUAUUUUGCCUUAAUUUUAGCUAUUUUUUUCAGGGAUACAGCAACCAAAUUGAUAUUCUACAAUUUUAUUAAGUUAUACAUCUUGUGAUACACUUGAAUAUAUUUUCACAUUUAUUAUUUAGCUGAAAUUGUAGCUGCCAUGGUUCAACAUUUUGUGAUACACUUGAGCAUAUUUUCAGUAACAGUAUCUCAUUAGAUGAUUUGGAUUUGUAAACAUUGGAGGUACUACUGACCUGUUAGUGGUCGGUUGGUGCUCGGUUGUGUCCAAGUAGUGUGUAUGUGUGGUGACUGGCUUGCCUCUCAGUAGCCAUUUUUGAGGACCACUUAGCUUUACGUGUUUGACGCACACAAGCUUGCAGGAUAUGCAGACCUGUGCAGCCCAGCAUGAUUGCGCAUAGUUUGCAUAUACAGUAUCACCAUUUCCUCCCAUCUCCCUCUAUAUCUGACCUCCUCUAUGCAUCGAUUACACCAGCUUAAGUUCAUUCUCUCACUCCAGUGCUAGCUUUUGUUUCAGUGCAACUAAUGCUUCUUGUUUAAAUGCUUGGUGCAGACAUUUGGUGCACCCUUAAACUGCACAAUGCUGCUCAGGCUGAACGCUUCAGCUGCUGAUUCCCAUAAAAAUCAAACAGUGCUAACAGAUUUUACUUCCAGGCAGCAUCGUGAGAGGUCUUGAGAUGGUAAUUUGCAGCUGGUGUGAAACGGUUGUGCAGCGAUAGCAGCGUGCUUCCUUCACACUCUGCACUUCCCCUUUUCACUUUCACCUCAGUUUUACAGAUUACUGCCUGUGUCUUGCCCUUGCUGAUCCUGGCUGCCUUAUCUUUAAUGCACCCCGAGUAACAUUUCGUGGGCAUUUGUCUUCAGUAUUACCUCAAGAUCUUUGUGUUCCUACCUGCUGAAAACCAGCUUUGAGUGCUCUCCACUGAAUCCACAGGUGCACUUUGGAUAUUUCUCAAAUCAUUUCUUUAAUCACAUUUUCCUGUGGAACUCGUUUAAAGCCUCCACCAUUAUUAUUUAACCCUCGUGUUGUCUUAACAUCCUGUACGCUCUCCUAAGAAUCAAAAAUGACCCACUUCCGCUGAACCUCUAAAAUAGAGCAGAUUAAUUGAAUUUUCAACCAGAAAUCUAUUUUACAUGAACCUGCCAUGCAUCACACACUUGGUGAAUGUCUGGGCUUUAUGGUCUUUGGAGUUCAGAAAGACUGUAUUUAAUCAGUGGACACCAUUUGUUUUUAUUACAACACACGUUAUAACUGUUUUCUUUAUUAAAGUAGAGGUUUAUUAUCAAUAUUAUUGCUGCUAAAGGUACUGCAUAGGUGUAAACAUUUUUUGUUUAGCAAGAGAUAGUACUUCUAUAUCCUAAGAAAGUACCAGAAACGUGCAGAGAGUAGCUUAAAAUGCAUUUUUAAACCUUUGAUGCUCAGUGUGGGUCAGGAGAUACCCGUUUUCCAUUGGAUUCGGGUCACUUUUGACCCGAAGACAGCACGAGGGUUAAAUGAACAGCCAACAUGUGCUCAGUUUUAUUUGGUGCUCUCUGGUUUCUUGGAGGCCUCACUUACUGCAUCAAGCACAUAAACUCCCCAUUCAACCUUUUGUUGUAGUGUAUUGUAAUGCUGCAACACUGGACUGUCAAAACAUCAGCUACGAUGGAAAAAUGUGAUCUGGCUGAGGAUGUUUCCACAGUAGAGCACAAACCAGAUGAUCAGCUUGAUGCAUUUAAAGGGAUAGUUCAGUGGUAGUUAAGUCGAUGGUGUGUAGAGAUUUAGAUAAUGUUGGUUUUGAGAUAUACAUCAACAAACUUUCUGCUGCUAAUCCAAUCCAUUAAAGGAGGGUCAGCCUUAAGCGAUGAAGCAUGACUUGCACUUAAUGGCCAUGCGUCUUUCCAGGAGAAAAAUGUCAUGGAGACUGUUUGGUAGACAGUAAUUCCAAUGAAAUCCAUAGAUUUUCCAUGAUUCUGAGCGGUUUGAGAGAUCGGCGACAGAUGGAUUUAUGAAAAAUCUCAGCAGGUAAACACAAAACAUUCUACAUUGCCAGAUACUAGUCAAAUUGAAGUCAGAAAAUAUGUUUUAUUGAUGCCACUUACAGCUCCAAAAUAGCCAAGACGCGCCCUUGUUUGUUUCACUAUGGCUUAAAUUCCAGUGUUUUGCUCUCACUGCUAAUGUGUCUCCAUAUGAUCUUCUAAAACAUGCCUGAGUAUUGCUGUUUGUGUAUUGCUGUUUGUUGUCAGAAGAUUUACAGUAAAUGUGUUUAAAAAGAAACUGACUUAUUGUACAAAAAAAUCAAAGCUAGUACAUAUUUAUUAAAUGCAAUACAAUGUCUGUAUAUGGGCUUAGUCUGACUAUAAUGAAAGAAAGAUACAAGUAUGCCACUGGAAAUAAAUAUAUUUUUAUUUUUUUUUUCUGUGUCUUCUCAAAUGGUCACUGAGUAUAAUUAAUUUAUUGUGUAUUAAAAAUCUUAUAUUUUGCA